ACUGGUUUCUCUUCAUCUUCAAUAAUCACUUCACAUUUUUCAUUUUCUUUCACCUUUGAUAUGGUGGAGGCAACAUGGAUCUUUCCACUUUUGAUAUUAACACUUGAAUUAUCAGCAUCAGGGGUGAAUUCUGCGAAUUUCACUUUCGUUAACCAAUGUAAUUACACAGUGUGGCCAGCUGCUAUCAGUGCUAUGGAUAACAGAACAGGCUUUGUUUUGAGAACCAAAGAAUCUUUCACCGUCGCAGCACCCACCAGAUGGACCGGCCGUUUCUGGGGUCGCACCCUCUGCACCACCGACACAGCCACCGGAAAAUUCUCAUGCAUCACCGGCGACUGCGGCUCCGGCGAGGUCCAAUGCAACGGAAAUGGAAGUUCACCACCAGUUACACUCGUAGAAUUUACAACAGACAGCAAUGGCAUGGACUUCUACGAUGUGAGCUUGGUGGAUGGGUUUAACGUUCCGGUAGCGGUGGUUCCCGGCGACAGCAAGUGCAAGAGCACAGGGUGUGCGGUGGAUUUGAACCAAGUGUGUCCUACAGAAAUGAAGGUACAGGAAAAGGGACAAGUAGUGGCAUGUCAAAACGCUUGUGCCAACAUAAACAAAGACUUUUAUUGUUGCAUAGGGAAUUAUUCUGGUGCGGACAACUGCAAGCCAAGCCUGUACGCCAAAGUAUUCAAGGAAGCGUGUCCACAAGCUUAUAGCUACGCGUUUGACGAUUCUACUAGUACCUUCACAUGUUCCAAUCCCACGAAUUACAACAUUGUCUUUUGUCCUACAUCUAACAAUGCCAGCCGAAGGGUUGGUGACUCACUCAUAGCCGGCAAUGGGACAUCUCAAUGGCUUUCUCCUUCAGGUGAUUUUGCAUUUGGGUUCUACCAACUUCCGAAUGAGCUUUUCUUAUUGGCUAUAUGGUAUCACAAUAUGCCAAAUAAAACCAUUAUUUGGUAUGCAAAUGGAGACAACCUUGCUCCAACAGGAUCAAGGUUAGAACUAAAUGACUCUCGUGGACUAGUACUUAGCAACCCCCAAGGUUUAGAGCUGUGGAGAUCAAAUUUUACAUCAGGUAUAGUUUUUAAUGGUCUAAUGAAUGAUGAUGGAAAUUUCCAACUAUUAGAUCAAAAUUUUGUGCCAAUAUGGGAAAGUUUUACUCAUCCAACUGACACAUUGGUACCUACUCAAGUAAUGGAGUUAAAUGGAGAACUUUCUUCUCGACAAGGAGAGUUAAACUUCUCACGUGGAAGGUUUAAACUUCUUCUACAAGAGGAUGGGAAUCUUGUGUUCAACCUUAUCAAUUUGCCUAGCAACUAUAGUUACGAGCCUUACUAUGAUAUUGGCACUGCUGACGCUAGGAACCAAACAAAUGUUGGCAUGAAAUUGAUAUUUGACAAAUCAGGCUUCUUAUACAUAUUGAAAAAAAGUGGGGAGAAGUUUAGUCUCAUCAAGCCAAUUGAGACAGUCUCUACUACUGACUUCUUCUACAAAGCAACAAUCAAUUAUGAUGGAGUUUUUACCAUAUCAUAUUACCCCAAAGAUCCAAAAAAUGGACAAGGAUGGAUCACUUCAAAGACUAUACCAGAAAAUAUUUGUUUGAACUCUACAUUCACAAAUAGUGAAGGUAUUUGUGGGUUUAAUAGCAUAUGCAACCUUGAAAAAGACCAAAGGCCAAUGUGUAAAUGCCCGGAGGGAUAUUCUUUAAUUGAUUCAAAUAACAUGUAUGGUGGUUGCAUACCAGAUUUCCAAGUCAUUUGUCAAGGAGGUGGGCACCAGGGUUCACAAGAUGAUUUGUAUAUAAUGAAGGAGUUGCAAAACACUGAUUGGCCUAAAUCUGAUUAUGAAACAUUAAGUCCUAUUGGUCUAAAAGAAUGUACAAAGUCUUGUUGGCAAGAUUGCUUGUGUGUGUUGGUUGCUUUUAGUGGAAAUUCUUGUUGGAAGAAGAAGUUGCCACUAACAAAUGGGAGAAGUGAUCAGAGACUAAAUGCAACUUCUAUCAUAAAGUUGAUGAAAAAUAAUGACCCAAAAGAGAAGAAAGAUCACGCUCCCUUGAUCAUUGUGAUAUCAGUUCUUUUGGGAAUCUCUGUAUUGGUCAUUUUAAUGUUGAUUGGUGCAAUAUGUUUUGGUUUCCCUUACAAUUGCAAAAAGAUCAAAAAUAGUAGAACCAACAACAGUGUUGUUGGGAAAAAUUUACGUAAUUUUACCUUCAAGGAACUUAUAGAAGCAACAAGCAACUUUAGAGAAGAAUUAGGAAGAGGAUCUUUUAGCAUUGUCUAUAAGGGAACAAUAGAGAUGACUAGUGUGGCUGUUAAGAAAUUAGACAAGUUGUUUCGAGACAAUGAUAAGGAAUUUCAGACUGAAGUGAAUGUAAUAGGACAAACUCAUCAUAGGAACCUAGUUCGUCUACUUGGAUACUGCAAUGAAGGACAACACAGAAUUCUAGUAUAUGAGUUUAUGAGCAAUGGCACUUUAGCAAGCUUCCUUUUCACCCCUUUAAAAUCAAAUUGGGGCCAACGGUUCGACAUUGCCCUUGGGAUUGCAAGAGGUCUUGUUUACUUGCAUGAGGAAUGUUGCACCCAAAUCAACCAUUGUGACAUAAAGCCUCAAAAUAUACUUUUAGAUGAUCAAUAUAAUGCUAGAAUUUCAGAUUUUGGCUUAGCAAAGCUGUUAUUGAUCAACCAAAGCCACACUGAAACUGGAAUUAGAGGAACAAAAGGGUACGUUGCACCAGAUUGGUUUAGAAGUGCACCAAUCACAACUAAGGUUGACACUUAUAGUUUUGGUGUGGUGCUUCUAGAGAUCAUUUGUUGUAGGAAGAAUGUAGAAAAAGAGCCUGAUAAUGAAGAAAAAGGGAUAUUAACUGAUUGGGCAUAUGAUUGCUACAUAGCUAGAAGAUUACACAUUCUUCUAGAAAAUGAUGAUGAGGCUAUUAAUGAUAUAAAAAGCUUUGAAAAACUUGUGAUGAUUGCUAUUUGGUGCAUUCAAGAAGACCCAUCUCGAAGGCCGACAAUGAAGAAGGUUUUGCAGAUGCUAGAAGGAAUUGCUGAAGUUUCAAUACCGCCAAGUCCUUACCUUCAUGGUUCUGUUAGCUAAAAUUGGAAAUAGCUUUGGAUUUGGUUUUGACAUUGCCUUUCAUUUUCUUUUUUUUAGUAUGCUUGUUCAUCUAGUUGUUCUACAAUUGUUUUUUGUCAUGUAACUUAGAAAUUAAGUGCAAUUAUUAACAAGAUUUUUAUUAUUUAGUAUCAAAAGGAACAAGACAAAAUCCACACAUUUUUAUUGGUAAUUUUAAA